AUGGCCAAUGUCAACAAGCGCACCGACGACCCCUCUUCACACGCGCCGAAUCACCCAGACGUGCGCCGACUGCACGAUGAUACCGAUCUCGACCCCGCAGCGUUCCUGAAGAGUGUCAGAGAACUGUCGGAGAAGCGUGAACGUGAAGACGCGGAGCGGGUGCGCAAACUGGAGGAAGAGAUCCAAAAGGGGCGGGAAGAACGUGCGGCCAGGAGAGCUGGUGAGUCCAAGCAGGCGUCCGUGUCGCUGUCCGGAGUAUUUGGGUGGUGGUGAUGGUGAUGGUGGUGGUGUUGUCGUGAGACGACGCUGGACACCUCCACUGCCCUUCUCCCUCCGUUGCUGUGUUUACAGCGGCGCAGCUUCCUGCUACACAACAGCACCGCGAAAUCAUACUCCACCAAACAACCCGCGCAAGGGCUGACACUUCAUUCACCGUCUAGACCGUGCACGAUCCAUCUUGCCCGAAAAACAAUCCGUCGUAUCAACCCCCACAACUCGAGCCCUUUCGCGGGCCAACACCAAUGCUACUCGCGUCAGCUCGCCGCCGGUGACCACGACCCCGCCUGCUUCCUCCAACGAACCCAGAAACAUCUCUACCGACGCAGCGAACAUGGAGCCUGAAAAGGAAGCUACCCCCGGGGCGGGUGAUGUCCCCGAAUUCAAGGGCUUCGGAUCUAUCAAGAGGUCGAGCACAGCAUCUUCCGCACGGAGCUCAGCAGUCUCCACGCAAGAUACACCUACACAAAGCGCCUCCAAUCUGGCACGCUCAGGUACGCUGUCGUGGCAGCAGCGGCGGACGCCGGGAUCGAAGCUCGGUGGUAGCAGACCGCAGUCACUAGUGGCAACGGAGACCAAGACGACAAGCGGCAGUGCGCCUGGUGAUGAGUCUGAGCCGAGUCGGGACCAGAUCGCGGCAUCAUUGGGCGCAAGAGAGCCUUCAUGGUUCAAGCAGACGGCAGACCGAGGCAUCGGCAACGCAGCGUACAGAAAGAGCAGGGACGAAGCCGGUCGCGCUGAGAGUCCAUUCUCUGGGAGAAGAGGUCUGCCAGGAAUGUCGAGAGAGUCAUCUAUAGAGCCGGAGAGCCAGGGUAGCCCGCCCACAUCGGCCAGCAUAAGAUCAGACCUUGUGUCAAGAGGAGGAUCGGCUCGCGACAGCACGUUUUCGAAUGGCAGCAGAUACUCCGCCACGUCUUCAUCUAGCAAUAACAAGCCCGACCUGACACCUCUUAUCACAGCAGACGAAGAUCAACAGCGUGCUUCGCCAGCGUUCGACCAAGCCUCGACGACCAGUGGCGACUCUGGCAGCCUUGGGCGGACCAUGACGAUGUCUAGCUCUCAGGCCCGGAUCACAAACGCUUCUGAUCGGCCGGCAUCUCCCACCAAGGGUAUGGGUGGCUUCGUGCAGAGCGCGAUGAUGAGGCGGACGGACAGCCAGAACAAGCGUUGGAGUGCCCAACCAAGUGCCAGUCUAAGCAGAGGCAACUCUGUGGCAAGCACACGUAGCGGCUUCGGUGGCCUUCAAGGAUCGCAUAGCAUGCCGAAACUUGAGCCCACCCCUGGGAGCAGAGACGGUAGUGACGAGCCUACUUCCCGGCCUAACAGCUCUAGCAAUGAUCUGACUGGUCUGGUGAACAACGCCUCGCAAGACAGCGACGGCUUCGUCAAGCCAGCGCUACCGCACCACAGUCGCAGCAAGUCGGUGGCUUCCAACUACAGCACGAAUGACGAUGGAGGUGUGCCACAGUCGCCGGGCAGCCCCUCGAAGCGUUUCAGCCCAAACAAGUCGAGCUGGAUCGAGAGCUCCCUACUAACAAAGCCGGAGUCGCCAAAGCCUGCUGCGUCCAAGAACUCCCAACCGAGCUGGAUGGCAGAUCUGGCAAAAGCAAAGGCACAGCGCGCGAGCGUAGACAUGUCCUCUGCAGUUAAGUCUACUGGAGAAGAAGGCUCAAGACCGCCUUCAAGACCUGGCUCGCCGACAAAAAGCACACCAUUCGGCCCUGCGCUGAUCAAGCGUUCAGAGUCCAGAGCAGAGACAAAACCUCAAUCGAGCACCCCUAAGUCGACUGAAGCUGAUGGCUCUCGUUCAGGAUCUCCGUCGAAGGUAACGCCAUUUGGACAAGAUGUUUCGAAUUCUUUCGAGUCGCGGGAUCUGCCUAGGACGCCUCAAUCUUCAACGUCUACGACAAAUCUUAGAUCUCUUCGACUUGCCGAUAAGUUUACCAGUGCCCCUGCCGAGCCUUUACCAUCAUCAGGGGCGGAAGUAGCUGAAGCAAGCGACGGUCUAAAGCCAAACGAAGCGAGUGCCCCAGAACGUGAUCAAGAAAAGUCAGAGUUGAGGCCCGGGAAAGCAGAAGUUGAGGCGUCUGAGUCUAAAGCUGCACGCUCCGAUGAGCCAAAGGCACCAGCUAUGUCGGCAAAUGGCGAUUCUGCCAAAUCAGAGUCGUGGGGAGUCCGAACAGGCCGGAGUCACACUCUCAAGUCGCCACUGCCGCAGAAAUCUAAGCCAGACACACCUCCAAAGCCACCAACGGACUUUCGCGGUCAACUCAAGUCACGACCACCGCCAGACGCGAAACAAGGCGACCAGCCUGAGUUUCUGUCAAAAUUCGGCAAUUUGCGCAAGACACACCAGGAGAAAUACGUCGCGCCUGAUGUACUUAAGGACAACAUCCUCCGCGGUAAGUCCGGUCUGGCUGUUACUGACGGUCCUGUAAAGACUGCGCGGAGAGAUGAGCUUAAAGAGAGUCUGCUUGCGAAAAAGGACGAUAUCAAGAAAGCCAUACAGGAGGGUCGCGAAUUGCCUGGGCAAGCCCAUGAAAGGAAGACAAGCAGUGGCCUUCCUCAAGCGCCUGCAAAGCCGGAGGCUCUUGCAAAAAGGGAGCUCUUGGGACGUUCGGACAGCGCCAGGAGCGUUCAGGCCAUCGAAAAGUCGACAGAAGCGACUCCAGAAGCCCUUUCACGGCACAAGAGCCUGAAAUCUCGAUCUAACGUAGACCCCCCGAAUCAGGGGACCCAAACACCUACCUCUUUGCGAAGAAACGAAAUCCUCGAGACAAAGCCAGAGCCUCUCAAGAAACAACAUGGCAUGGCUCCCAGUGAGUCGAAGGAGCCUUUGAUUAGGCAGACGAGCUCGCCCAAACCUAAUGAGGCCAAGCAGCAAUCUGAAACGUCGAGGUUGGCUGCGCGCUUCAAUCCGAAUCUUGCGAACUUGCUAGCUCGUGGACCACCAUCCGCUUCUCCUUCGCGUCCAGAAUCGCCCGGGACGCCGGUGAGAGUAGGAUCUCCUGCCAUCAAUACCACGGUAGAACCGCCUGCUGCUGAUGAGCCUCUUCAAGAUGUCCGCAAGGAUCGCGCAAAAGGGCCCAAGCGCCGCAAGGGCGCAAAAGCGGAUACCUCUAACUCCACAGCGCCGGCCUCCACUCUCGAGCCCAUUCCAAAGUCAGAGGUGAACCCGCACCGGCAAGCGUUUGAGCAGCAGGAGCUCACAGCCAGCAAGUCGGAACAGCAGUCUGGAGCCAAUGAACAAGCACCGGCUACAAAGCCUAAGCCUUCAGCGUUGCCAGGUUCAGCAGCAUCUGUCAUGAUCUCGUCUCUGAACAAGUCACCCAGGCCUCUCAGCAUCGGACCGUACGGCUCAGAGCCGCAACAAGAAUCGCAAUCAAAAGGGGAAACUAGCUUUUCUUCCGCAAAGCCCAAGCCACAAGCUUUGCCAGGUUCAGCGGCAUCUAUCAUGAGAGCGUCGCUUAACAAGAGUCCGCGCCCUGACAAGGACUUCGAAGAGGAAGAGAAGACAAGUACGCCCACGCGGGCCGCUUUCCGGGGCGCUGGAGUCGUCGAUCUGCAACAGAAGCCAGUAACUCCCGUGAAGAGCCCAUCAUUGAUCUCCAGGACGAGCCAGGACAAGGCUCCUGUAUCGGAUGCCCAAGCAUCCGUACCUGAAUGGAAAGGCUUCGGCGCAUCAAGGAUCCAACGCCCGUCCCGAUCUUCAGAGGAGAACAAGGAAAACACUGAUGGGGCUCUACCCUCUGUCAAAUCGGCAGCUUCUCAAUGGGGACGAAGACCUUCGCCACAGAAGGCUGAAUCGCCCUCGCAGAUCCAUCUCCCCUCGAAGAAAGACGAAGACGAAGUCAUGAGGUCCGCCGGGCUCCUCGCCGCUUCCAGUACGGGAGGCAAGAAUGGACUAGGCAUCUCGACGGACAAGACCGGCGAGAAGUCUAGGAGUACUCCACCAGUCUCUGCAGGCCUACCACCGAAGCCCACCAAGUCAUCGCGCGUAGUGAGCGGUCAAUUAGCAGAGGCCUCCCCGAAUAAAGGUGAGUGAGCGAAUCGGCUGUAGAACAUACUCUGCUUGCUUCUUGGCUUCAAUCUGACGAAUAGCGUGCAGUCACAUAGCGCGUUCCUUGGAGUUGUUGAUACUGACAACCUGCGCAAGGCUUAUUGACUGUUCCAAAUUCCGCCGCGGAACCUCCUAAGACUGAAGCUGGUCGGGCCCUAGCGAAGACAUUCGGCACCGUGCCGAAGUACUAUGAUUCAUUAGCGAUCGAGACUCGAGCCAUUCUUUCCGGAUGCAAUCAAGAGGUUGAAGCUGAGAUUGCCAAGACACUUCGCAAGUCCGUCCAUGUUAUUUCUGCUGAUGGUACAUCGAAACCACUCCCGCCUCAGGAAGAGUACACUCUAUUUGAUGAAUCCGUCUAUGUUUGUUCGCAUGUGUACACGAAUGCGAGGGGCGCGAAGAACGCGCGGGUCUUUGCUUGGACAGGUGACGCAGCAUCUGAAAGUGCUGUCGAGGCAGCUCAGGCGGCAGGUAGAAAGUUGGCCAAAGAAAAUGGUGCCAGUGGCGUGCAAGUAAGUCGACAAGGGCAGGAGCCCGCUUCAAUUUUCGAAGCCCUCGGCGGCAUCCUCAUCACCCGACGAGGCUCAAGAGAAGGUGCGCCGAAACAGUUCAUGCUAUGUGGUCGCAAGCACCUUGGCCACAUCGCAUUCGAUGAGGUCGCUUUCAGCAUUAACCAACUAUGCCCCGGAUUCGUCUACUUGGUCUCGUAUCCGGUCACUCUUCAGCAGACGAAAUUAUACCUGUGGAAAGGUCAAGCCUGCUCUGCGGAGGAAUUGAGCGCCGCUCGCCUUGCAGCGAUGGAUCUCAGCGAGACAGGUGAAAUCAUCGAGGUCGAUGGCGGUGUGGAAUUUGCAAGUUUCCUGAAGAUUUUCGGUCCCGGUACGACGAAGUGGAACGUCCCAAAGCCCUCGGAGCUUUGGCAGCAAAAGGCGACGGCUCCAGACAAAUUUGGAACAAGGCUAUUGCGGAUACAACAGGCCGAGAUAAAGACUGGACUGUUAACGUCCCUCUGGAAUCGAAGGCCAAGCUGGAAUAGUGUCUCACCUGCUCGAUCUCUAGUGGAUGAGGUCAAAGUCGAGGCAAAGGAGAUCUCGCCUUUCACCCAGGCACAGCUUGAAGCUGAUGGGCUCUAUCUGCUAGACGGUCAUAGCGAAAUCUUCAUUCUAAUGGGACCAUUGUUUGGCUCUCAGCCUGGUAAGAUCAGAGACACGCUGCUGGGACAAACGCUUCUCUUCGCAUCUGACUACGCGGCCAUGUCGGCUUCCAUGGAAGACCGACCACAGAUACCAAAAUGUUCGGCGGUCUUUGCCGGAGUACCUAGAGAUGUCAAGAUGUUGUUCAGGCACUGGGAAGAUAGUCGAGGCCUCUGGGGUACUGCGGGUCUCAUGGCUGGCUCCUUGUUAAGCCCGGGCAGGGAGGUGAAGCUGAUGCCGUUGGAUGAAGUUUUGGCCGAGGUCUGUAAGAGGUGA